CGAUCAUUGAAAGUGAGAGUAACACUGACAGGGGAGAGACGUGUGUGUAAACAACACAGCAGAGAAAUACACAGCAGCAUGUCUCCCAAGUAAAACACACACAGCCCAUUAUGUAAAACAGCACACAGGUAACCCUUUGAUUGCCCCUUAUGUUAACCCCUUCCUGCCCAGUGUCAUUAGUACAGUGUCAGUGCUUUUUAUUAGCACUGAUCACUGUCAUAGUGUCACUGGAGAUGUCAGUGGCAGUUAGUUCCCACCCAGUGUUAGGUCACAGUCCCACUAUG